AUGUCCUCGGCGCCCGCCACAGAGCGCAACGGCCGCGCGGGCGCGCGGCGGGGCGACGCGGCCGGCGCGGCUCCGCAGCUGGAGGAGGCGACCUCGGGCAGGCCGGAAGGCCAGAGCGCGGCACCGCUGAGGCGCCGCGGCGCGUUGCCGCACUUGUCCGCCGCGGCGCCGCCGCCGAGUGGCAGCGGGGCCGCCCGCGAGAUGCCGCGGCGGCAGCGCACCAGGCCGAUGGAGCAGGUCCUUACGCGCAGCCAGCUCGGCUCCCUCAGCGCGGCCCUCGCGCGGCGCUGCGACGGGCUGUGUCUCGAGGGCAUGGGCCAGGUCUUUUCGCCGCGGGCUAGUCUGCCCAAGGCGACGGCCCACAUCAAUCCCGACGACCUCGAGAGGCCCAGUAUGACCGGCGAGAUGGACGAGACCGUUGCCGCGACAAGAGCUCCUGGCAGCCCGCUCUGGGGCUUCAGCGUGGCGGAGGCGAAGCAGACGUUCGACGGCUCGACCGUUUCCCGCAACCUCGAAAAAAUGCGGCCCGUGCUCUACGCGGCGCGGCGCAGCGGCGCCUCGAUCGACGGGUACAUGAGGGCCCCGGCGCCCGCGGACGCGAGCGAGUCCGACGCCGAGGCCGCGGCGGAGCGGCGCCCGCUCGAGCGGGCGCCGCUUGCGGCCCAGCCGCGCUCGCAGCCCCAGGCAUGGUGCCUGGAGCACCCGGCGUUGUCCAAGGUGCAGGCGGCGGCGCUCAUGCCCGCCGGCACCAAAGGGCACCUCCCGCCGCGGCAGCCUGGCCUGCAGAGCUGCCAGGGCAGCGUGCACCGCGGGGGGCAGGGCAGCCGCUGGGGCAUAGGCAGAGGCCGUUGCCUCGUGCCAUGCGGCCCGGGCGCGACGGAGACGCUCGAAAAUGGGGGCAGUGUCGUAGUGGACGUCAUGGAGGGUAGCAGGGAGCGCGUUGGCGGCGUUGCGUUCGCUGCCCUGGAGGCCGUCGUACCCAUGGAGGCCUCGCCGCCACAGGCUCCGGCGGCCCUCUCGGCCAGCGGGUCCGAGCUGCUCUCGCAGCUCGAAGCCGCCUGCCUCGAGCACCAGCGCGCCGUCCGCGGGUGCGUCGAGAGCCUUUUCGCCCUGCCGCCGCCCGCCUUGGACGCUAAGCCCGCGGGCCAGGAGGGCCACCCCUCCACGGCGCCCGCCCCGCCAGCGGCCGCCUCUGCGCCCCCCUGCGCCGGGGCCCUCGCCUUGCAGCCAGAGGCCUUCGAGCGCACGUCCAGCGUCGACUCCGAGUUGGCCCGGCGCCUGUCCUCGGUCGACCCCGCGCUGGCCCGGCGUUUGUCCGGCGACAGCUCUGCGCUUGGUCGUAGCUCGACCCCGGUCAAGCGCUCUCGCCAGCAGAAAGCACUGAGGCGAAUGCCCAAGAUCUGCAGCCUCCGCGUUUCGACCGCGGCAAAGAAAGCUACGAUUUUUCUCAGCGGGAUGUUGUGGCUGGCACGGCCUACCAUCGAGUAUGCCACCGGCGCCGACGAGUCGCCAGUCUUUAUGAAUGCUCGUGCUCAUAACCUUAAGUGGGAUGGGCGCCGUUGGAGGUGCGUUGAGUACGCUAAGUGCUUCUCGGACCCCUCUAAAGCCACGGCAUUUGCGCCAAAGCGGUACCAGUACAUGGCGGUCAUGUUCGGGGCCAAAGUUGCCAUGCACGCCGCGGAAUCCCACGCGAUCCGCACCCUGCAGACUGCAAGUGAGGCAAAGUGGGACUGGAUCGUGUCGGCAAUGGCUGAUGCAAUAUGUUUGCACAUGUUUGUCGGGUAG